GCUGGAGCAAAACGCCAACAAAACUGGGGCAAAAUGUUGUCAACUUAUUGCAUUUUAUGCAUCAACGAGAGCAUAAAUUUAACAUGAAUCAUGUAGACAUUUCGAAAGUGAUGAAACAUUUUUGAGAACCAAAAAUAUGUGAAUGCCCAAGUAAUCGCAAGUACUACGAGUCUUUUCUUGAUGGUGUUUGUUUACUUCCGCCACGUGCGCGUGUAAUUCCCCGGUUAAAAUUUGUUUACAAUUUAUUUCCAGCAGUAAACAUAACUUCCUGUAAUGUUAGACUGCAUCAUCAAACUUGGGGGAAGUGCGAUAACACAGAAAGACUGCCUUGAAACACUGAAAGUCAAAGAAUUGAAAGAAGCUUCAAAGUUGGUAGCAGUCUGUGCACUUCAUAAGUUGAAAUGCAUCAUUGUGCAUGGUGCAGGAUCAUAUGGCCAUCAUCAUGCAAAAAAAUUUGGUGUCAAUGAUGGUUUUUUGAAAAAAGGAAGUUCUGAAAGAUGUCGUGAGGGCUUUUGCAAAACACGGAUAUCAGUGAUGAAGCUACAGCAACAAGUAGUAGAAAACCUGGUGGAGGAAGGAGUCUUAGCAGUAGCACAGUCUCCCUGUAACACCUGGCGAAUGUCUGGAGGCCAGGUUGUGAGUGACAACGUGGAAAGCCUUUUGGCACUUGUGGAAGCAGGAUUUGUGCCAGUUAUCCAUGGAGAUUGUGUGCUUGAUGAUUCUAAAGGUUGCUGCAUACUCAGUGGAGACACAGUAAUUAAACACAUUUGCGAGAAAACAUCUGUGGGAAGAGUCCUGUUUCUUACUGAUGUGGAUGGUAUAUAUAACAGACCUCCUGAAGUUGAAGGAGCUAGUCUGCUGCCUGUUAUAAAUAUUAAAUCCUCAGGAGACACAGACAUACCCUUUUUGUCAUCCAAAUCUGAAUUUGAUGUGACCGGAGGGAUAGCACUGAAACUGAACACUGCAUUUAAGAUAGUUUGGGUCACUGGAGGUAAAACACCAGUGUUUAUAUGCAAGGUUGGCUCUCCAGCAGCUACAAGUGUCGUCUUGCAAGGGGACUUCAUGGGGGAGAAAGGAACACGGAUUCAAAUAGAAAACCUACAAUAGUGCACAAAAGAUUAUCAUAAUAUCUUAAGGUCUUAAGAAUUUGAAACACUUUGACACUAUAAUUAAUAUUUUUGCCUCAUCACAUAGAUUAUAUUGAUGAUAAAUGCUCUAUUUGAAUCAUAAGAAUGGAGAUCUGAAUCAAGAAAUA